GCAGUUCUUCAGUAAGACUUCGUCUCAUAGGUCAGAGGAUUGGACUGCCACGCCUUGCAGAUAUUUGGGGUUUGAGCCGGAGGGCAGUGCAUCAUGGGAUGUCCCGUAUGAACCCUGGGCUAAGACUCUCCUCACGCUGUUGGGCGAUCAGGACGGUACGAGGCUCUUCCAGCAGUUUCUGCGAGGUCUGGGCUGCUCUGAGCUGCUGGAGUUCUGGUUUGCCUGCAGUGGCUUUCAGAAGUUUCCCGCCGACGACACUGAGCGACGACUCAAACUGGCCAAAGCCAUAUACCGCUGUUACCUGUCUGAGCGCAGUCGCAGCAGUGUCACGUCAGGUCGCUACGGUGACGAGUUGUGGCGUGAUGGACGCCAUACGACGCUCGCAGCUGGACUCCGCCCUGUUUGUGCAGGCGCAUGCUGAGGUGCAGAUGGUGCUGGAGCAUAACCUGUUCCCGCUCUUUCUCAGAUCGGAUGUGUAUAUAAAACACACACAGAGCGACAAUCAGACGCCCACAAAACUCACAUCAUCAACAGACCAACAAAACACAGUGUUACCACGACAACCGGACAAUCCUUCUCUGGGUUCUAAAACUGAGACCCUCUCUUCCUACAACAAAGCCAAUCAGACGAGCAGAAGAACACGAGACAGAGAGAAGACACACAAACACCUGCCGCACACACCUGUGAAGAUGAGGACACACACAUUUAUAUCUGAACUGAUGAGACGUUUACAGGAGCUGCAUGCUGCGGAAGAGGAUGCUGCUGUCACUGACAGAAGCUCAUUAUGUCAUUCUCAAUCAACGAGGGAUAGCUCCGCCCACUCUCUGGGUUACUAUAAUACAGAACGUGACUUCAACACAUGUGAAGGACACACACACUCCACUGACAAACGGCAUUCUGGGUGUGCAGGUUUGACAGUUGUGUAUUAUUUGUGUGGUGAGGUGAUACCGUACAGGACGUGUGUUCAGGGAAACACUGUGACUCUCGCUCAGUUUAAAUCUCUCAUCAUGACCCACAGAGACUCGUACAGGUUUUUCUUCAAGAGUGUGAGCAGUGACUUUGACUGUGAUGUGUUUUAUGAGGAGAUAGAAGAAGAUGAGACCGUCCUGCCAACAUAUGACCGCAAAAUCAUCGCUAAAGUGGAGAGAUUGAAUGAAUAAAUAAUUC